UCACUUUCUGUUGGGACAGAACAACGAUACAGUAUGUUUAUUUGGGAUAAAGUCCUGUGCAAAAGUCUAUUUAUAUGUGCAUAUUUAAAAAAAAAUAUUUUAUUUGAUUAAAAUAUAUAAUUUAAUUGACAAUUUAUCGGUUAGCAUUACACAGGCUCCAGGCUUUUUAACCCAGUGGAAGUUUAGAGUGGGGGAGCAACACAUGUAAACAGACGACAUAACUUCCCUGUGAAUGAUUAAUAUUGCUGCUGAGUAACUGACAUUUUUGGCUCAAUGUGUUACAUGUGCUGCCCCCAGGUGGUCUAAAUGCGCACACAUGAGGAAGCAGUACAUCCACACAUUCAAGACAGGGGCGUUGCCGUUCCUGGCAGGGCCUGCACGCCAAGGUAAAUCAUUCAUCUUAAUUGUGCUUUAUGACCCUCAACGUGGACUUCAACUUUGAGACGGGGAUCCCCCGACACUUUAGCAAGGACUCGGCACAACGUAUUAAUUACAGCUGCUUCUCAGGCCUUUUGGGAAACUGUCACAGAGACACACAAGAAACUCACUUGCUUCCUGUCUGUAGACACGGCCCAGUCUAAAUCUGACUAGAAGGACAUUGUUGUAGCCUUGGCAACCGCAUUUGUGUUUCACCGCAUAGUCAAAGGUCAUAGUCAUAACUGGGGCGGUUUUAUGGCCAGCGUUUCACUCCACCCUGGAAGAUAGACACACACACACACACGUCUUCAUUCUGAGACCUGAGCGUAGCCGGCAUGCCGUCCACCAGCAAGACCCUGCACUUCCUGUCCAGCGCGCUGGUCACCUGCAUAUCGGCGGGUCUCCUGGGCUUCGCCAUGUCCACGGCAUGGGCCACCAAGAGCAUGGUGUGCGCCCGAUACGGGAACGACGUCUUCAACGGCACCGCCUCGGUUACGCUGGAGAUCUUCGGCGGUAGACUGCAACGGGAUCUUUGUCCUCUCUUUGGAGCGCCCGUUGACUUCCAAGUUUUCCCCAAGUUGAUGGAGACUCAAGGUGUCCCGUUGGCGCUACACACCGUGACUUUGGUUCUGCUGGUGUUGUGUCUGCUGUGCUCGGCCCUCAGCAUCCUUAUCUCGUUGUACAAUAGCGUCAGCAACCCGUACGAGACGUACAUGGGGCCUAUCGGCGUCUACACCUGCAGUGCCCUGAGUGCGUGCUUGUCUGUAGUGGUGCUCGUCAUCUUCGUGGUGUACUUCAGCAUGACCCCGGUGGCGGAGGACCUGGUGAGGAGCUUCUCCGAAAACGUCCCAGUGGAGCUGAAGAUCACAUCUUUCCAGAUGGAGCUGGGCUACUACCUGCUGAUCCCGUACGCGGCGCUGUCGCUGCUCGCCAUCGGCCUCAUCUAUAUGUACGACCGCGCCGCCUACACUCAGCGGCGCGAACAGCAGCGGCCCACCGAGGACGCCCCCAAGGAGAUCAUGAUGUACUAGCCGCCUCCCUAAUUGAGGGAACGUCAAUUAACUUAUUGCAAAUUGCGGGUUGGGGCUGUGAACUGUAAAUAGUGAUGCGAGUCCUCAAAUUUGUAAAUCACAAUGUUGCUUCAUCCUUUGUGAAAUCUCUUUUUUGUUUGACCGACACUCGACACUACGAGAAAAAGGCAACUCACCUCGUCCGAGUAUUUUCGUGAUGCAGUUCCCAUUCAGAAGUGCCACUAAAAAAAAAAAGACGUUAAAAAAAAAAAAACAACAACAAAGAAAGUGAAGGCAAAGGUUUUUGUCAUGGCAGCUGCCGGCGUUGACGUGGCAUCAGGGAGCCGAGGUGUCCCAUGGCUCACCUGGACCGUGUUGGGACACGUCUCCUCUCGUAACGCCGGCUAACCGCCUUCAAAGAGCCUCUCGCACUUCAAGGCGGCUGCGGCGGGACCUGGCAAUUUGCUUUUUGGGGCCAAUAUGGAUUAUGUUUCGGAGGAUGUGCACUCGGCCGAGAGGAAACGGGAAGCGGGCCCCUCCGUUUGAUCUGCCGAUGAGGCAAUUAGUCAUCGUGUGCCGUUUUUUUUUUCAAAGUAGGAUAAAUGCCGGCUAAAGCUGAUGCUGAGAUCUUGUUGGACGAAGCAGAACUAAAUUUCAAGAUGAAGCGGGAUAAAGUUUUUACGCUCUGCCUUCUCUCUGCGUGCACUCGAGGCCAACGACGAGGCGCUCCGUUCUCGGCCCUUCUAUUGGCCAACAAUGAGUACCGCUAAAGGUCUCAUGAGUCCACACUUUAUCCGUCUUCCUUGCAUUGCGUCUUUAAAGGCUACUUUAUCUCACACCUUCUCACGUGUGCGUUCAAGUGUGGCGAAGCGUCCCGUGCUGCCCCCCCCUUCGG